AUGGUCCAGCUGGGGAAGCUGCUCCGCGUCCUGACUUUGAUGAAGUUCCCCUGCUGCGUGCUGGAGGUGCUCCUGUGCGCGCUGGCGGCGGCGGCGCGUGGCCAGGAGAUGUACGCCCCGCACUCUAUCCGGAUCGAGGGGGACGUCACCCUCGGGGGGCUGUUCCCGGUGCACGCCAAGGGUCCUAGCGGAGUGCCCUGCGGCGACAUCAAGAGGGAGAACGGGAUCCACAGGCUGGAAGCGAUGCUCUACGCCCUGGACCAGAUCAACAGCGAUCCCAACCUGCUGCCCAACGUGACGCUGGGCGCGCGGAUCCUGGACACUUGUUCCAGGGACACUUACGCGCUCGAACAGUCGCUCACUUUCGUCCAGGCGCUCAUCCAGAAGGACACCUCCGACGUGCGCUGCACCAACGGCGAGCCUCCGGUUUUCGUCAAGCCGGAGAAAGUAGUUGGAGUGAUUGGGGCUUCGGGGAGUUCGGUCUCCAUCAUGGUAGCCAACAUCCUGAGGCUCUUCCAGAUCCCCCAGAUCAGUUAUGCAUCAACAGCACCUGAGUUAAGUGAUGAUCGGCGCUACGACUUCUUCUCUCGUGUGGUCCCACCUGACUCCUUCCAAGCUCAAGCUAUGGUGGACAUUGUAAAGGCCCUAGGCUGGAAUUACGUGUCUACCCUUGCAUCUGAAGGGAGUUACGGAGAGAAAGGUGUGGAAUCCUUCACGCAGAUUUCCAAAGAGGCAGGUGGGCUCUGCAUUGCGCAGUCCGUGAGAAUCCCCCAAGAGCGCAAAGACAGAACCAUUGACUUUGAUAGAAUUAUCAAACAGCUCCUGGACACCCCCAACUCCAGGGCCGUCGUGAUUUUUGCCAACGAUGAGGAUAUAAAGCAAAUCCUUGCAGCAGCCAAAAGAGCUGACCAAGUGGGCCAUUUUCUUUGGGUAGGAUCAGAUAGCUGGGGAUCCAAAAUCAACCCACUGCACCAGCAUGAAGAUAUUGCAGAAGGAGCCAUCACUAUUCAGCCCAAGCGAGCAACUGUGGAAGGGUUUGAUGCCUAUUUUACGUCCCGCACACUUGAAAACAACAGAAGAAAUGUAUGGUUUGCUGAAUACUGGGAGGAAAACUUCAACUGCAAGUUGACGAUUAGUGGGUCAAAGAAAGAAGACACAGAUCGCAAAUGCACAGGACAGGAGAGAAUUGGAAAAGAUUCCAACUAUGAACAGGAAGGUAAAGUUCAGUUUGUGAUUGAUGCAGUCUAUGCGAUGGCUCAUGCCCUCCAUCAUAUGAACAAAGAUCUCUGUGCUGACUACCGAGGCGUCUGUCCAGAGAUGGAGCAAGCUGGGGGCAAGAAGUUGUUGAAGUAUAUCCGCAACGUUAAUUUUAAUGGGAGUGCAGGCACCCCAGUAAUGUUUAACAAAAAUGGGGAUGCACCUGGGCGUUAUGACAUCUUUCAGUACCAGACCACAAACACCACCAACCCUGGUUACCGUCUGAUUGGACAGUGGACAGAUGAACUUCAGCUCAAUAUAGAGGACAUGCAGUGGGGUAAAGGAGUACGGGAGAUCCCCCCCUCAGUAUGCACACUGCCAUGCAAGCCGGGGCAAAGAAAGAAGACACAGAAGGGAACUCCAUGCUGCUGGACCUGUGAGCCUUGCGACGGCUACCAGUACCAGUUUGAUGAGAUGACAUGCCAACAUUGCCCCUACGACCAGAGGCCCAAUGAAAACCGAACCGGCUGCCAGGAUAUCCCCAUCAUCAAACUAGAGUGGCAUUCCCCCUGGGCCGUCAUCCCUGUCUUCCUAGCAAUGUUGGGGAUCAUCGCCACCAUCUUUGUCAUGGCCACUUUCAUCCGCUACAAUGACACGCCCAUUGUCCGAGCAUCCGGGCGGGAACUGAGCUAUGUUCUGUUGACUGGCAUCUUUCUUUGCUACAUUAUCACUUUCCUGAUGAUAGCCAAACCUGAUGUGGCAGUGUGUUCUUUCCGGAGAGUUUUCCUGGGCUUGGGUAUGUGCAUCAGUUAUGCAGCCCUCUUAACAAAAACCAAUCGGAUUUAUCGCAUAUUUGAGCAGGGCAAGAAAUCAGUGACAGCUCCCAGACUCAUAAGCCCAACAUCACAGCUGGCCAUAACUUCCAGUUUAAUAUCAGUUCAGCUUCUAGGUGUUUUCAUUUGGUUUGGUGUUGACCCACCCAACAUCAUCAUAGACUAUGAUGAACAUAAGACAAUGAACCCUGAGCAGGCCAGAGGAGUUCUCAAAUGUGACAUUACAGACCUCCAAAUCAUUUGCUCCUUGGGAUAUAGCAUUCUUCUCAUGGUCACAUGUACUGUGUAUGCCAUCAAGACUCGGGGUGUCCCAGAGAAUUUUAAUGAAGCCAAACCCAUUGGAUUCACUAUGUACACGACAUGUAUAGUGUGGCUUGCCUUCAUUCCCAUUUUUUUUGGCACUGCUCAGUCAGCGGAAAAGCUCUACAUACAAACUACCACACUUACAAUCUCCAUGAACCUAAGUGCGUCAGUGGCUCUGGGGAUGCUUUACAUGCCGAAAGUGUACAUCAUCAUUUUCCACCCUGAACUCAAUGUCCAGAAGCGGAAGCGAAGCUUCAAGGCGGUAGUCACGGCAGCCACCAUGUCAUCGCGGCUGUCACACAAACCCAGUGACAGACCCAACGGUGAGGCAAAGACAGAACUCUGUGAAAACGUAGACCCAAACAACUGUAUACCACCAGUAAGAAAGAGUGUACAAAAGUCUGUUACUUGGUACACUAUCCCACCAACAGUAUAG